AUGGGAGGCGGACCCAUGGGUCCCGAUUGGUCGAUUGGGGAGGAUGAUUCGGUCGAUGAUCGCAGUGUGCGUGCACUCUGCUCGCCUUCCCGCGCUCGGUCGCCCCGAGGUCACAACGUCGUUCGCUCUGGCGCGCCACAUCGAGUCAUUGGCCGCAGGAGACGGUCGAGACGGGAAUGCCUCACUGACACCGCGACGCACCGUGUUGCCUACUUUGUAUCUUCUCACAGUCGGGUGAUGCUAUCGAAGUGACGACGACCAAGAGGAAUGGCAUGGCGCACUCGUCCCACCCACUUGCCUCUGGCCAGGAUGACGGCAUGACGAGUGUGGCCGCCGAGUACGGCGCCGCGUCGGUCGCAUCGCCACAUAACGACGGCGACGACCAAGUCGAUGCGAUGGCCACACUCUUGUAAGGGUCACACGCCACUUGUAAACGAAUAUCAGCGUCUGAACGAGUUUUUCCUCUUCCUACCCCAUACAGGUGGUCCAAAUCAAAGGUGUAUCUUGUGAGUGUUGUCCACAAAGCUUGCUUCAAAGCCUCCACGUCCGGUCGCUGAUCCUGCUCGGCUCCGGCGUCGGAUAUUGUAACUAUAGCAUCCCUCGACCUAUCACCGGGACAAUAUCCCCGGCUUCAUUUCGAUUGUGCGACAUGGCACCGACUAUCUUCUCGCGUGGAUCCCCGAAGCUAGCGUCGUCGGCACCAGCGAUUUCGAAGCUUACGUCUUGGUCGAGCUCAAUGCGCCGCCUUCCGCGACUGAAGGUGAGUCGAUGCAGGGACCUCUAGCAGAAGUCUCCGCGCUCUUCACAGUCACGUACUGACACAGAAGCCCACCUCAUCCUCAGCCACCAUCUUGGUGACGGCCCCUGCACCGUCAUCCGCGCAUGCCUUUUCUAUCCCCAUUCGCCGACUAUACUCACUGCUCGUUCAAGCCCCAACCUUGACGUCGUGGUACGGCUCCGUCACCUGCUCCCUUUUCGGCGGGGAGACCCUGCCACCCCUCUGGUUCCAUGACGAAGAGUCAAGAUCCACCGUCGUCGAUCGGGACCAACGCGUCGCAGCGCUUGGCGCUCUCGGAUCCGCGGCGACUUCGCAUCGCGCCAACCCCGACGUGCCGAUCCCGCCUUCGUGGGGAGGCGAGGCUCUACUCUCCCAGCUUCGCAAGUAUGCGCACGUUCUUCGAUCCCAAGUCGAGCCUUCGCUCUUCCUGAUCAACCCGGCCCGUGAGGAUAUCGAAGUGCAUUCGACCCCGCUCUUUGAAGAUGAUGAGGUCCCCUCCGAAGCGAUGCAAGGUUUGCGCCUGCACAACAAUGCUUCGUCAAGCUCGAACACUGGUUUUGCCCGACGGAUGCGGGAGAACAAGCGCAACAGUAUUCUGCAUCAGAGUCUGGAUCUGAAUGCAGCUGCUGCCACGCCCAGCUCGGGCAACGAAUGGCCCGAUGAGGUGCCGGCGGUCGACAACUUGACGUUCUCGGUACUCAACUCGUUCUCCAGGAUCACAAGAGGGUGAGUGGCCAUACGCCUUUCCUUCGGACAAGGAUCAAUGUUGACACACUUCUUCACUGGAUCACAGUGCUCGCUCGGGUAUCCAAGUCGCUGCGCAAUCCGUUCUGUCGCAUCCGCUAGCCAAGCCGCUGGCCAAACACAUCCCCGAGCCCAUUGCCCACUUUGCAAACGCGCCCGGAGAACUCACGCGGCUGCAGGAAUCUGCCGGUGUGGGUGCUUACGACGCCGCGCGCGUCUACCUCGCCAAGUGGGCACGUGUUGUAGCGGAAGAAGGUGAACGGGCACGACGUGCCGAGGUGAUCGUUAAUGGCUCUACCGACGAAGCCAGCGAGGUUGGCGCGUUCGAGAUCCUCUCCUCCGUCUACAAGGUCACGCGCCCAAGGUCGAGUCGUGCAUCCGCGACACCCAUAUUGGUCACUGAGUGGGCGUCGUGGUUUGACGAUCAGGGGCGAUUGAUGCUUGAUGAGUAUGAGGCGAAGAAACGGAUCUUUCAGAGGGGACUGGCCGAGGAUGCACGUAAGGACGUGUGGCCCUUCUUGCUCAAGGUCUUUUCUUGGACAUCGACGACGGAAGAACGAAAGCGCAGCAAGCAGGAGAAGAUGUGAGUAGUCAUGAUUUUGGCCUAGCUAUAUCUGAUACAGAGUCUAAGCAUACUCUUUGUCUCACAUCCGCCACAGGGAGCAAUACGAUCGGCAGCGUUCGAACUGGGCUGACGAUACCGAGCUCAAGAAAUCGGAACGGUGGGCCGAGGAAAAUCAUCGAGUUGGUGGGUGCUCGAUAUUCCAUGAGAUACCCAAGUCAACACCGCUCUGGGUCCUGACACAUCUAUCACUUGCAGAAAUCGACUGUCGCCGCACCGAUCGCACCCACCCGCUCUUCAUGAGCGACGAAAUGGAUCCGUCCGCGGUCGACCCUGAAUCACCACAUCCUCCCUCGAACGAGCACGUCCGUCGCAUGCAGGAAAUUUUGUUGACCUACGUCUUUGCCGAUUCAUCUCGUGACUACGUUCAAGGCAUGUCAGACCUACUUUCGCCGUUGUACGUCGUAUGCGAAGGCGACCCAGUGCUGGCACUGGGCUGCUUCGAGACGGUCAUGGAGAGAAUGCGACGCAAUUUUAUGCGCGAUCAGGUCGGCAUGAAAAGCCAGUUGAGCCAGCUACAAUCCUUGUUGCGCAUCAUGGAUCCGCAGCUCUACACGCAUCUAGGUCAGUACGAAUGCAUCGAAAUUCCUCAUCUGUCACGUGUGUACUGACUAUGCUCCCCUCCCUGCUGUGCAGAUCAAACGGGCUCGUUGAACCUCUUCUUCUGCUUCCGGUGGAUCCUGUGCGGCUUCAAGCGCGAGCUCUCGUUUACUCAGACGCUCCAGCUCUGGGAAAUUUUGUGGACGGAUCAUCUCGGCUCCAACUUUCACCUCUUCAUCGCUUUAAGCAUCAUCGAAGCGCACCGUGAUGUCGUCAUUCGGUACCUGCGCGAAUUUGAUGAGGUGAGUGGUAUUUCAGGGUGCUGCUUCUUUUUGCGUGAGUGGUUCUUACAGUCUCUCUUGUUUUCCAUUUGCAGAUCCUCAAGUUCAUGAACGAGCUGAGCGGCACACUCGACAUCGAAGCGAUCAUCAACGACGCCGAAGUACUGCACGCCACGUUCCGCCAAGUCGUCGACGCCUGCGAUCGGCAAAAGAUCGAGGCCACGCAAGCCGCUGCGGAACAGCACCCCUCUGCCGAGGGUCUUCGUAAACGCGGGACCGCAUCAUCUUCGACUGCCCCUAGUUAUCCUCCCGUUGUUGAAGUCGAGAGUGAGAGGUUCAAAGUCGAGGUUCCCGCGCUCCCCGAAAUUGAUGAUAGUUUACGAUCCUUGUUCGACUAG